UUCAUUUCUUAUGUUUUUUAGGUUUUGGCUCAUCUUUUGGAUAUGGUUUUCUACAGUGAUGAAAAGGAACGGGUUAUUCCUUUGCUUGUAAAUAUUAUGCAUUAUGUUGUGCCCUACCUCCGAAAUCACAGUGCGCACAACGCCCCCAGUUACCGAGCCUGCGUCCAGCUGCUGAGCAGUCUUAGCGGGUAUCAGUACACACGGAGAGCUUGGAAGAAAGAAGCCUUUGAUCUCUUUAUGGAUCCCAGUUUCUUUCAGAUGGAUGCCUCUUGUGUUAAUCAUUGGAGAGCAAUUAUGGACAAUCUGAUGACACAUGAUAAAACAACAUUUAGAGAUUUGAUGACUCGUGUAGCUGUGGCUCAGAGCAGUUCCCUUAAUCUCUUCGCGAACCGAGACGUGGAGCUAGAGCAGAGAGCCAUGCUUCUCAAGAGAUUAGCAUUUGCUAUCUUUAGCAGUGAAAUUGACCAGUACCAGAAAUAUCUUCCAGAUAUACAAGGUAAAUGGUGAAAACCUAUUUUCUCUGUCUUCUAAACUAUGUUUUUUUGUUCCUUAGGAAAUGCUUUCCCGAAGCUGUAGGUUGGGGUGAAAUGUACCAAGUGUAGGUGGAUGGAGAAUGUUGUAGAAACAGAAGUCUGUUCUAUGGAAUCAUCAGAAAU